AAUUUCAAAUAUUCGACUCAGCCCUGCCUUGCCUCGUUGGUUGCGAUGCAGGGAAGAAAGAAAUUCCAGCCCUCUCGGCACAAUCCAGUGUCUUAAUUGCAUCGCAUUUCUGUAUGUCGUCGCAUAAUAUCUAGCGGCAUUGUUGGGUUUCGAGAACCCAAUUCGUAGACACGAUCGGGGCCGUGGGAUCUUCGAUGCCGAGGGUUUUUAGUCACUUCCAUCACAUCUACAGCGAGAGCUUGUUUUGGGUAGAUUCGAAGACUUUCAUGCUCAGUUUUGAGCAUUUUGAGCGUCGCAGUGCCCAGGGUUCGCCUUGUGCUUUCAUCAUCGACAUUAGACUUGGAACACAGCUGCUUUUUCCUCUCGGAAGGGGAUGAAUGAUGCGUCCCAUCUGUCAACAUUAAAAAGCGCCGCCUCUUGCAACUCUUCAGCCAUCCGUCGCUUCUGACCAUGUGCGAGUUCACGUACCUUCGUCGUCGUCGUCGCCCUGGGCCUUGUCUCUCGCCACACCUCUAGACCCGCCUCAAGUUUCCGUCGUCUCGGUGGUGUGCGAAUUGGCUCUAGAUCUUAUUUCGACUGGGCCCAAUUCCAUGCGUGUGGCUGCGCUCGGAUGUUGAGGUCUUGCUGUAGCCAACCGAUUUCACACAGUUCAUUUCUGUGUUCUGGCCUUCUUGUGCUCAAUUGCUUGCAAUGUCUCGUUGCUGGCCACCUUAACUCUGUGAUCUCGCGCAAGUUUUCGUGUCUUGGUUCGUUUGCCGUUGAAAUGUUGCCUCAGCUGCUAAUGUAGGGUGCCCAUCACUUUUUUUCUUGUUCAUUUUUUAAUUUUAUUUUUUAUAUGUUGUAUUUCAACUUUCACUUAACCCUGUUGGACUUGCAAGAAAACGAUGUCCAGUUUAUGUCCAAACCAGGGCGUAUGCACGAGGGUCUUCAAGUAUACAGUUUUGGUGCUGUGAGUGUGGUCAUAGACAAUGCUAAGCAAAGCAUACUUGCUCAGACUGGUGACGGAUGGAAAUCAGUCCACCUUGGACAAAUAUUGGAAAUGCAUCGCAGUCGUGGUGGCAGCCGCUGGAAAUAAUAGGUGUUAUAAACUGGAGACGAGGAUUUUGAAUCCAAUUGAGGUGCUGAAAACGGGAGGAUAUUUUUGAGGAGCAGCGGCGGAGCAUGGAUGGGUAUGGUAUGACAAUGGAAGGGAGAUGAGUGUGGUGCACGCUGUCAGUGGUUGGGAUUGUGAACGCAAGUGAUGAGGAUCGUGCGAAGAAACGGUCCGUGCAGGGUUAGCAACAAGUGAAACAUCGCGAGUAUGUGUUGGAAGCUUGUGUUGUGACAGUCCGGAGAAGAAAUCCAUGUUGGGAGAUUAGCAGUGGCGGGAUACGUGAAAAGUGAAGUAUCGACAUAGUUGUUGGAGGAUGGAGGUGGUUGGCGCAGUGGAGCAGCUGUAUGAUUAUAGACAAUCUAUAGAUUGCAUCUAAAGCUUAUGUUCUGGAUGACUGCAGGACUAGUUAUGGCUGAAUGUUGUGUGAGUAGGGAGGAGGUUCGAUUUAUGGAUCCAAAGUCCAUAAAUUUCACCGAGGAUAGGAUUCAGUUUUAUUUUCAGAGAGGAGCCCCGAGGGCUAAAGCAGAGAACGGCAAUGCUGCUGUGUUUAGACCACGGAACGAUGAAUCGUUGCUGAGCCUACUGAGGGGUUUAAGUUCCCGCAACGUUACGGUGUUUGAUAUCCCUCGUAUUCGGGUCAUCCAAUAUAAUGACACUUGGUACACGUUCGAUAAUAAGAGGCUGUGGGUAUUUAGACAAUUUGGCGAGGACAUUCCCGUGCAGAUUGCUAUGCCGACGAAUUUGCAAUUGGCCAAGCUUUCCAAACGAGAGGACAAUGGCAGGACGAAGGACCUUGAGAUCAUUGGCAAGGAACUGGAGAAGAAAUUUCAAAGUCAUGAGUUUAUAUGCAAGCAAAACUUGUUGAGUCAUAUAUUGCAAUGGUCUGUCAGGGAUUUGUUAAGUGCUUGGCCGUUGAAAGAGAUGGAGCCGAUCUCUCUUCGACACAACAACGUUGAGUCCUACAUGGAGCUUCUAAGUCAGUGGCUUCUGGAAGAGACCCGUGCGCAAAUACAACAGAAUUUAGUGAAAGUUGCCGACAUGGCAUGUACUAGGAUCGACAUUGAUUCUGAUAUUCGACCUAUCAGCAAGCUAAGCUGUUUACGUAGGGUUACAUGCACAAUUGAUCGUAACGCAUUUGCGAUGUUCGAGAGGUAUAAGCAGCCAAAAACGUACCAUCCAGCAGCCUCUGAUAUUGUACUUCUAUCCACUUUCGCACCGCAGAAGACCGGAGAUCUAUUCCAAGCUGAUGAAUGUUUCACAUUAGGUGUUGUGCAGGGAGGGCACAUGUCUGGGUCAUCAUUUGAGGUCAUAAUUUAUGCCACAACCCACGGGCCAGUGUAUGCAGAGCUUGUGGGAGGGGAGAAAAGUUGGUAUGCGAUGAAACUUGAAAGCCUCGUGACAUGUCAAAGGAUAUGGGACUCACUACAUCAGCCUGAAAAUACACCUCUAGCACAAUAUGUCGCUACUUAUCAUUCACCUCAGAUAUCCGAGACCCCAGUUGAGGAGUCCAAACUGCAGAAGUAUUGCUGCACAAUACGUCGUCUCAAUCUCUCCCAGACAGAAGCUGUUAAGAGAUUCAUUAUGAGGCACUUGAAUCCGCAGCAAGGUUAUGGUGUGGAACUGAUUCAAGGACCCCCUGGCACAGGCAAAACAUCGACCCUGACAGCCAUGCUCUCUGCAACGGUUUGUACGAGCACACGCAUCCUGGUCUGUGCUCCGACAAACACUGCUGUGAACGAGGCUGCACGAAGAUUUCUUCUUCAAAAUCAACGAGACCAGGAAGAUUCUCAGAGGGUGCACUUUUGUAGCGAUUAUGUUCACUCCGCAUGUGGUGUAAGUUCUGACAGUAAUUCUACUUGUACCCCCUUGCGUCUUGGCGAUAUUGUUAUGCUUGGCAGUGAAGAUAGGCUUGCUGUUGAAGGAAGUGCGUUGAAGGAUAUAUUUUUGCCUCUCAGAGUAAAACGCCUUUUGGCCGCCCUUCAUCCUGAAAGUGGAUGGGAAGUCCUCUCUAGAACAUUCCUAUUCCAUCUGAUGGAGGUCUCAGAAUCCACGGUGAAGGAGCCAGAACAACAAACUUUGGAUCGUAUCGUAAUAGAAUCAGUUGGACGUCAGGUAAUUGGGCAUGGGGAGGUGCUGUGCAACGAUCUUCCUUCGUCUCACCUCAGCACACGAAGGAUAAAAAUGAUUGCAGCAGUAUCAUGUUCAAUACGUAAUCUUCUCGAGCUCUUUACACAUGAGAAUCACAACGAUGGUUACACUCGCUUGAAGGAACAAUCAGCUGCCCAGGAUGAAGUGGAGAAUGAUAAUAAUCAGAGAACGAAGGAUCUGAUUAAUGACCUAAAAAAGUCUCUUUCCAGGCCCUUAAAAGAUUCACUUGUGCUAAGUGACGACGCCCAAUUCUCUCCGAACCCAUACAAAGAUGAGACUGUAGAAUCUUGCACACACUAUAGCAGCGAUUUCAUCAAGGAAAGUUAUACCCUUCUCGAAAUUCUGACAGCAAAUGCUGAAGCCCCAAUUUUCCCCCCAGCAGCAGCUAAAUCAGCUGACUGGGUAGAGUCUGAGUGCCUUUCAAGUGCCAGCCUUGUAUUUAGUACGGUGUCCUCUGCAGCUCUGAGAAUCAUGAAGUUGGGUUUGCCGUUUUCCUGUGUUAUUGUUGACGAGGCUGCGCAGUUGGUAGAGGCGGAAAGCACAAUAGUACUGCAAAUGAAAGAUGUUAAACAGCUUGUCCUCGUUGGGGACCAAAAGCAGCUACCAGCAACGGUCAUGAGUCAGCUAGCGUUGAAGAAUGGGUAUGCCCGUAGUCUUUUUGAGAGGCUGCAGUGCCUGGGGCAUUCUUGCCAAUUAUUAAACAUGCAGUAUCGUAUGCAUCCCACAAUCAGUGCCUUCCCAAACAAACAGUUCUACAAUUGCAAGUUGAAGAAUUCUGAAGACACUCUCAGUGAGAACUAUGGGAAACUCGUAUACCAGAAGAACAUUUUUGGACCUUAUGCCUUCAUUGAUGUGUCUGACGGCAUAGAAGUCAAUGCAGGCUCCAGCAAGAAAAAUGUUCUUGAGGCAAAUCUUGUUCUCCAUUUAGUCAAACGUGUUCAGGAUUCUGUUUGUGCAAAUUCUAAAGAAUCGGGAUCGUCCACAAAGCCGAUUACUGUAGGAGUGAUAUCUCCUUACAGUGGUCAAGUGGGCUUCAUCAAGGACCAACUAUGCAAAAGUGACUCAAUCUGUAAAUUAGAAGCAGGUGCAAAUGUCCUGGAUAUCGAGGUGAAGUCGAUUGAUGGGUUUCAAGGAAAAGAGACAGAUAUUAUUAUCUUCUCUGCCGUUCGAGCAAAUCAAGCUGGGAGGAUCGGAUUCGUGGAUGAUGAGCGCAGAAUGAAUGUUGCUUUGACUCGCGGCAGGCAUGCGGUCUGGAUUUUAGGAUCAGCAUCUACGUUAUGUGGUCACAGCAAACUUUGGAGGAAUUUGGUUGAUGACGCUAAGCAAGUAAAUUGCUUCUUUAAGGCCACUCAAGUUGAGUGGAUGAGCGACGUCAUCAAUAUCUUCAAAAGACAUGGUAGUAGUUCGUUGCAGCAGGGAGAUGGUGAUGAAAGAGACAUGGGCACCGAUAGAACUAUUAAUUUUUGUGCACAAUCAAGUAUGGCAGCAUCUCCUUCCGGGAGGAGCUGGGAGUACGAGGAACCUCCACAGAUUGACGGUCCAGAUUGGUCUUCCGUAUCCUCUUUUACAACAACCUCGUCACCAGCAACUAGAAGUUUACCACAUUUAACGUUGGGAAAGCGACCCAGAGCAGGGCGGGACCGUGGGAGGUGGUACAAACUUAAUGAUAGUCGUAGCCGAGAGCCCCACCACUUUAGGGACGAACGCAGGCCCCCACAGAAGCAUGAGUGGCGUUGAAGAGCAGAAUACCUUAGCUAGCAUCAUUGAGAAAACAGCAAUAUCAGGUCUGGUAGUGAUUUUCCUUGGACAUCUUCCGUGUCUACUCUGCAACGUGGUUGAGACCUGCCUGCAAGUUUGUGACAGGCAGACUGGGUUAGUAAUAUCCAAAACCCAAUCUGCAAAGUAUUAAUACCUGAGAACGGACUGGGCGGCGAAUAAGAAUGAAGGGUUACUGUUUGAAGAAGUGACUACAACACAGCACUCUUUAUCGUGAGUAUUUUCGAGGAUCUUUACUGGAAUGUUCACAGUUCCUUUUUGUAAAUAGGAAGUUUUGAAGUUAUCUAUAUCAAAACUUAUGGCAGUAUUCUAGUGUGUGCAAUAUAUGUACAUGAUGAAGCAGGGGUGUCUGACGAUUAUGACAAAAGUAUUUGUUGCAGGCUACACAUGUGGACCACAAAUACAUGUAAUUUGAAAUGUAAAAUUUACACACUUUAAUUUUGUAGGUGGAUGAUAAACCUGUAGAUU